AUGGAGUGGGCACCAGAGAGGGUGACCAUCUCGUCGGCCGUCAGGUUCUUAUCAGCGAAGCGUCGGAUGAGUUCAGUGGCGUUGUCGAACGGCCGGGGAAGAUCCACCUCCGAGACGUUGGAGACGAAGCCGUCGCGACGGCCGGCGGGGACCUGGUAG